GUCACUUAAUUAUAUCUUUGAACUCAAUUAAAUAACUUUAUCAAGUUAAAGAUGUUGAGUUAUAUUCAAUUCAUUUAUUAAUAAGUUGAUCAAGUUGUCACUAAAACAGUUUACCUUUGAUUUGUUAACAUUGACUGAUUUGGAAGCCAUUACAAUGAAAACUACGAUCGGACUCAUCUUUUUAUUUGCCGUGGUCAAUGUGUCAUUUUCCUCAUCACUACGAGAGUUGAACUUCAUUGAAAAUCUGUACACUCUUAAAGAUAUACCGAAGCUGGUACUAACUUCUAUGGUAAAUCGACGAAUUAAUCAAGUCAAGGCUUUAUACGAAAGUGUUUCGAUUUAUAAAGACACAAAAACCUUUUACAAUGCUACUGAACAAUCGUUAAAAUUAGUUUUGGACUAUAUAGAUUCAAAUAACACUCUCAUCAUGAAUAUUUUUAAUCGCUACUCACGUAUUGUUCGCCUUAUAUCCAAUGUUGCCGAACAAACGGAAAUCCCUAAUUUUGAUUACUUAAAUUUGGGUUCUGGCUUCGUUAAUAGUUUACCAAGGAAGGAGCUUCAAGGUAUGCUGGACGCUUAUAUUGAUGACAUUGAAAUGGUUCGUAAGUGUGAAGUAUCCUUAGGACGUUCAGAUCGAGUGGACAUGAAAAUCGUCGAUCGUCUAAAAUCCUUGUCCAGUGAAUUGCGAAAUUAUCAUUUUUAUAGAGACGAUAGAACCGUUUCUGAUUCACAAAGUAUUUCUCAAAAAACCCUAGAUCAAUGUUUGUUGCAACUUGAUUUCUUGAUGAUUCACUUUAUGCUAAACUUCAAAAAUUCAAACAUAUCCCAGCCGAGUGAUACAUUGACGCCAUUCAAUGAGAUUGGAUCGCAUCCCAGAGAGCUUAAGCGCAUAAUCGCGCUAAAAGCUCGAUAAAAAUUAAAUUUGAACAAAAACAUUCCCCAAUUCAGACUUUAUCAACUGACUCAAACCUGUUUGGCUAAUUCUCCAACCACUGUCCUAGUGAAUUAUUUAGAAGAUUAAAGUACAAUUAAUGAAGUCUAUUGUGGAAGCAGACAUUAAUAUUGACAUUGACAUUAAUACUUUUGUUCAAAUGAGAAUUAAACGAAAAAAUACAAAUGACUUCUGCGUUUUUUUUCCUGAAAUCCUAGUGAUUGUAAAAAUGUAACAAUUUUCACUCGACUGGGGUAAUUUUGUAGUUUAAUUAUCUAUUAAAAUUUAUUCAAUUGAUAAA